CUGCAGAAUGCAAAUCCCGAAUUUGUUGCUAGAGCUGCAUGUGCUUCCUGAAGUGUUGUCCCCAUGUACACAGCAUCAGUCAUGCACUACAGCUGAAAUAGAGGUGUAAUCAUUUCUACCCUGAAAUUAGUAACACUUGGAGUUGUGGAACAAUUUUAUCUCUGCAAAGAUGGCAGAAUUGAGUGCAGAUGACUUACCUUUAAUGGCCAAUACAAGCCACAUUUUAGUAAAACAUUAUGCAGUGGAUUUAGAUGUUUGUUUUGAUAGUCAAAUAAUCACAGGGAACAUUGUUCUUUUUCUUGAACCAAAACGUUUAGAGAAAGAAAGUUUUGUUACUAAAGAAUUUAGCCCAUCACAGUCCUCUGAAACCUGCCAAUCUGGCAAGAAUGAAAUUAACCAAUCUGAUGUCCCACCUCCCAGAACUUACUCAUCAGAUUCUAGGAACAAAGACCCUGCUGUCUGCAUUAGUGGUGAAAGAGAUACUUCUGCAAUGUAUGAUCACCAUGGCAACCGGAAGCAGGCAUCUGGGAUUACUAGUUCAGAGAACUCCUGUGACAGAAGGAAUCAUGGAAAUGAGGAUUUUGUUCUAGUAUUGGACUGUUGUGAUUUAUCUGUGUUAAAGGUCGAAGAGGUAGAUGUUGCUGCUGUGUCAGGUGUUGAAAAACAUUUGUGUUCUGCUCGGCCAAGUCAUGGGUCAAAGGAACAGAUAAACUCCGGCAAUCAAAUGUCUGAAAUUCUGGCUUUACCUGCUAGCCAGUGGAAGGAGCAGCUGUCCUAUUACACUCAGCUUAGCCAAGCACCUAGAUAUGGGGAUCUUGUAUUUUCCACUGACACAUGGAGCUUGCAGAUUAGUAAAACAGGAAUAAAGGUGCCCGCCAACUUCCCUUCUGCUGUACGGAUAUGGUAUAGAACAACUGCAGAUGGGAGGUCAGUGAAGUGGACCACAGACCAAAGUGGAAGGCCAUGUGUUUACACAAUUGGUUCUCCUAUCAACAAUAGAGCACUUUUUCCUUGUCAAGAUCCACCAGUAGCAAUGUCAACUUGGCAGGCUACAGUCCGGGCUGCAGAUAAGUUUGUUGUUUUAAUGAGUGGGGAAAAUAUUUCUGCUCCAAUGCAGUGCCAUGAAGGACUCUACAGCUGGUUCUACUAUGUGACCAUGCCCAUGCCAGCUUCCACGUUUACUAUUGCAGUUGGAUGCUGGGAAGAAGCUAAAGAACCCUCUAAUGUGACAACUAAUGUAUUAACUAACACUUGCAGGUUACAAAGUCAGGAGUGUAGGCACAUGGAGUAUCCCUGCCGGUUCAGUAGUCCUGAAUCACAAGUAGAAGUUAUUAUCCCCCAUCGGAUCUUUGCUCCCCAUGGGUUACUGAAACGCUGCAAAGAGUUACUGCUUCCCUUACUUCCUCAGUGCCUUGCAGCUGCUCAUGCAGUGCUGGGGACCCAUCCAUUUUCAAGGCUUGAUAUUCUUAUUGUGCCACCCAAUUUCUCCAGUCUAGGAAUGGCAAGCCCACACAUCAUCUACCUAUCUCAGAGUGUUCUGUCUGGAAGCAACCAUCUCUGUAUGGCACGUGUUUGCCAUGAAAUUGCUCAUGCCUGGUUCGGAUUGGUAAUCGGUGCACGUGAUUGGACAGAAGAAUGGAUAAGUGAAGGAUUUGCCACCCACUUGGAAGAUGUAUUUUUAUCAAAAGCUCAAAAGCUCACCCAGAAAGAAGCAAAUGAGCAGCAAGAGUUAAAAGCAUUGCUUCGAUGCCGUCGUCUAAAAGAUGAAUUAAGGAAUACAGAAGAAGAACUGCAAGUAUUGAGACCUCAUGGUGAGAACACAGGAGAAGUGAGUGAUUCUGGUGCAUCCAUUGUCAAACACGGCCUGAAUGCAGAGAAAAUCUUCAUGCAAGUGCAUUAUUUAAAGGGUUAUUUCCUUCUUCAUUUCCUUGCAAAUAAAGUUGGAGAAGAGAAUUAUUUUUCUUUUUUGAGAAAAUUUGUGAUUGUUUUUCAUGGGCAACUAAUACUUUCUAAGGAUUUCCUUCAUAUGCUGUUUGAAAAUUUUCCUGAACAAAAUAGACUGGGUCUAACUGUUGAAUCCAUAUACCAACUCUGGCUUGAUGCUCCUGGAAUACCAAAGCCCUUGUUGGAGGAAAGCCAGACAUGGGAAGAAAACCGACUAGUUCAGCAAGUAAAUGAAGAGGUCUCAAAGUGGUUUCGAUUAAACCAGAAGAACAGAAAAGGGAGCAAACGGAAGAGAAAACACAGUAAAGAGUUUGAUGAAAAGAUACUUCCUGAUCAGCUGGUUUUGCUUCUGGAGAGACUGCUAGAGGAGAAGACAAUAUGUCCCAAGACUCUCUACUGCCUGGAGAAAACAUACAACCUACAUGACCAUGAUGCAGAGGUCCGGCAUAGAUGGUGUGAGUUGGUCGUAAAGCAUAAAUAUACAGCAGCCUAUAAGGAUGUGGAAACUUUCCUACUGCAGGAUCAGGCGAUGGGUGUGUAUCUCUAUGGAGAGUUAAUGGUAAACGAGGAUCCCAGACAGCAAGAACUUGCACACAAAUGUUUUGCUGCUGUCCGAGACCAUAUGGAUGUAUCCUGUGUGAAAGUGGUGGGAGAAAUGUUAUUUUAAUGGAAUAACUGCCAUAAAACAAUUCCUGUAGCUGAAUUGCUUAUCCAGUUGCUUAAUAGGUGCAAGCACUGCAGAUGUGCCUGAAACCUGGCGUAUGUGACAUAAAGACUGCGCGUGCUUCACCAGAAACUGUGAAAUUUAAUAGUUAUUCCUGAUUUACACUGUCUGAGACAUGAUGAGUUCAAACUGCAAUGCAAUAAACAUACAAAAUAAAAUCUUUUUUUUAAUGAGAAAUACAAAA